AGGGUACGGCCACCUUUCCUUCCUCUCCGACUUCCAUCUUUCUGUCCUCUUCUGUUUCUUUUCUCUGCUGAACACAACAUGGGUCGUUGGUCGCAGCAAGAUGAGGACUCCGAACGACUCCCAGCAGGCAUGACACGAAUUGGUUAUGAUAGCGACACCCAGCGGUACUACUUUCGGGACAGAAAUGGCUCUGUAUGGCAAGGUGCUCAAGGUGCAGAGUUUAGUGAGAUGACCAGAGUCGAUGGACCGUCCGGUUACGACACUAACGAGGACCUGGAAGCUGCUCCUCGGCGCUCAGACGGCUACCAGCCUCUUGCCACUGAUUCUUCUGCUCGGCUCUCACCCGCCUACUCGUCUGCCUACCGCACUCUAUUCCCUUUCUUCCUCCUAAUCGGCGUUGUAUUGCUUCUGAUCUGGCGACUGAUCCUUUCUCCUGGCCUCGCAGCUCCCAAAAAUCCUUGUCCCGACCCGGAAACACGACGGUACACUGUGGAACCUGGCGAUAGCUGCUGGGAGAUCGCCAAAGCAAAUGGAGUGACGCUGGAACAACUUCGUCGUGCCAAUUAUGGUCUGGAAUGCGAAAGGCUGAUACCUGGCUCGACAAUGUGUGUUCCCAAGGCCACACUGCCUAGCGAUACCAUGAAGAAGCGGGCGGUGGGCGUCAGUUAUCGCAAGUGA